AAAAAGACAAUUAACAGCUUCAUAAAUCUGUGCAGAUACGAUAGUGAGCUCUUCAACCAAUCAUCACUCAAUGUUGUCACUGUUGAGCAGUUAGAGGUAACACCCAGUACCAGUAGAAAACCACCAAACUGGGAAAAUUGGACUCCAGCUUCAUUACGCCAGCCAGUUUCUGAUGAACUAGUUACUGGGAAAAAAAAGUUAAUAUCGGGGGGUGUAAAUAAAAACAAAAGGCAGAGAAAAAUGCAUAAUGAUGUUGUUAGUAAAAAAAAAGAUGUAUAUGAAGAGCAGUUACAAUUAAUCGAGGUGGAGAAAGAGAGAGGGUGUAUGCGUUUUGAGUGGGAAAAAUUGGAACACGAACUAAAGGUUGAGGCAUUAAGAUUAGAAAUUGAAAUUAAAAAAAAAACUCUAUCAAAUUUAAGUUAAAUUUUUAAUCUUAUAAUUUUUUUUAA